UCAUUAUUUGCUAAUUUUAUGAAUACAUGCGAGUAUUGAUAAUGAAAACUCUUGAUUACUCUCGUCUGUGUGCUGUGCAUGAAGAAAGUCCACAAGAACUUAAAUGCAUCUAAGUGCCUGUAAACAUAAUGUUUGCUGCCAAGUUCCUGUGUUGUUCAUGUGUUUAGAAUUGUUUAUCCCGAGUACACAGCGCACAUUUGAUGGUUUUAUCAUUAUUUACAAAUUUUAUGAAUACACGUGAGUAUUUUCAUUUCAUUUUCAUUUAAUUUCAUUUCAUUCUGUAUUUACUUAUCUUGGUUGUUGAGGUUCACAGAGCAUAAGCAAGCACAUUGGCGUCAAACAGACUGCAUAAGACAGAUUCACAAGUUUGUUUGCCUAUAUAAUCCUUAAGCUAUUAAGGUUAACUAUAUUUUAUUGCUGUGAGCAGCUACUUAUAUGCUCAGGGAGUUAGUUAGCACAACAAUAUUGAUUCAAAUAUUCUUUUUAAUGAAAUAUUUGUUGUUGAACAUUGCAUUUAGUUUUAAGAUCAGUUAAUUGAAAUCUUAGCACAAUAAGGCCUAUGUAAGAAGAAAUUUGUUUGUGGGGGCUUUAAUUGGGGCAUUAAUUGGAAGCAAAGAAAAAAAGAGGAGCUUUCUGGACAGUGGCACUGUUGCUUUACUCCUGCCCCUACUUGCUCAAGUCUAUAGGGAGAAGCGUUGCUCCAUCAACUAAAGUCCCAAGAUCAAGACAAUGAUUUAUUAUAAAUGUGUCUGAUAGCUGAAUACUGAGAUUCUGGCGGUUUAGUAGAAGGUAGAGUAUAAAUGUUUCUUCUCUUUUCUCUCUAAACCUUUUACUACAAUGAGCAGUUACUUUUUUAAUAUUAAUUCAAUAUGGUUAUAUCAAGGAACAUACAAACAUUUUUGUCCACUGUGACUGAAAAUGAAAUAAUUAUUUGAAUAUUCUGUUAUAAUGUUCAUUUCUAUAACAGUUCUUUAUCACAGGUCACAAAAAGCCAGACAACAGCUAUCAUGAGCGCCACGCAGUCAAACUCCUCUGCAAAUGUGACCUUUGUUCGUCCUGCAACAUUUUUCAUCAGUGGCUUUUCUAAUAUCCCACAUGUGAAAUACUACUAUGUGUUCUUGUCUUUGGUGUAUGUUGUGACUGUUUUUGGGAAUUCAUUUAUCAUGUGUAUCAUUUAUUUGGCCCGCAGACUUCACACAGCCAAAUACAUUGUGGUUUUCCAUCUGGCCCUUAUUGAUCUGUGUGAAAGCUCGGCUUUGAUUCCAAAUAUUAUUGACAUAUUUUUGUUUGACCACCAUGUCAUUUCAUAUGAAGCGUGCUUGGCAAAUAUGUUUUUUGUGUAUCAUUUCAUGAAUCUACAUUCUUUGACUCUUCUUGUCUUGGCUUAUGACAGACUGGUUGCUAUUUGUUUUCCUCUACGGUAUCAUGCCAUUAUAACCGAAACAGCCAUGUUUCUGAUCAUAGGUAUUAUGUGGAUUUUUUCUGUGAUAUAUUUUUCUGUAUAUGUAGGUUUGGUGAAUAGAAUCUCUUUUUGUGGAUCGAAUGUGAUUGAUAGUUAUUUUUGUGAUCAUGGUAUUAUCUAUAGACUAGCUUGUAAUGAUAAUUCUAUAAAUAUUCUGAUGUUAAAACUUACCUUUGUUCUCCUGAUUUGCACACCGCUGAUACUGAUCAUAAUCUCAUAUUUCUGCAUUGCUCUGGCUUUGCUUAAGAUUGCUCAUGGUGCUGAACGGAUCAAAGCCAUGAAAACCUGCACCUCACAUCUCAUGUUGGUGGCAAUUGGUUAUAUCCCAAUUGUAAGCAAUAAUAUUGCAGUCUUAACAAUACCAAUGAAUCUGAACACCCGGUUAAUUAACAAUUCCUUGACUCAGAUAGUACCACCUAUGCUGAAUCCCAUCAUAUACGCUCUAAUGACAGAGGAGGUAAUGCAAUCCAUUAAAGAACUGUAUAAACGAAGGAAGGUGAACACUACAAAGAGAAUGACAUUUAGUAGGAGAAAUUGAAACAAAAAUGACAGGUUUGAACCUAAUGAGCUGUGAUCAUUUAACAAAUAUCUAAUUUAACAGAGUUGAUUGAUUUUGGAUGUUUUGAAUGAUGUAGAAUCUGUGUUGUAAACAGGCCAAAUAUGUUUAAAACCUCUGGGCUGAAACCUAGUUAAGCUGCUUAUUGAUUGGUUCCUUUGUUUGAAAACAACAUAUAAAAAAUCAGUAAUAAAGGCUUGAAAAUAUUCUGAACAUUUUCAUACCAUGAUUAAGCUUAACAGC